GGGAAGAGUCGCCAGCGCGAGCUUCCCGUGUGGCCAUUGUUUUGAAGUGUUUUUUGCCGCUUAUUGUGUGCGUGUGUGGUGCGUGUUGGCCCGUUUCAUCAAUUCGCAAUCCGGAUUAUCUGUCAUCCAGAUCAACGGUGUGCACGGUGUGGUGGUGAUUAGUGCGAGGAUGCCAAAGCCGGCGCCGGCAUCGUGCGCCGUGUGCGAUGGGGUGAUCCGCUCGACGUGACCACCCGAAGUGGAUCCACGAGUCAGUGGACCCUUGGCUUCUUCAGCUCGACCUGUCGCUCAGCAGUCGCAACCAUGGUAGCGAGCAGAUCGGAACGACGGAGAUCCUCCUCCGCGCACUGGGACGAGCCGGAGACGUCGGACGUGGACGACAGCGCGGUUAGCUGUUCUUCGGCCACGGACUUGCCCGGCGCGUCGCCCAUGACGGCCUACUACUACCUCGCGUCUUCGCGGUCGUCGUCCUCUUCGUCGUCGGGGCUGCCGUUGUCGAGGAAGCAGCAGCAGCAACGGUUCUGGUCCAGGCGGGAGUCUUCUAGCGACUCGGAGACGACGACGCCUUCGAGCGACCUCGGGUGGCAAAGACUGCGAAGGCCUCACCGAUCCCUCCGCCGGCAAGUGUUCCCCGAAACUACGACGACAACGACGGGGUCCCAGACGCGGUCUUGGACGCGGCCGACCACGCCUUGCUCCCGGUCGUCGACGAGAAGGCCGAAGUUCGGCCCGAGCUCGUCCCUCCUACUUCUGGUUUUACUCUUCGUUCUGCAACAACCGCUUCUGGUCCUCGGCUCCGGUGUGUUUGAGCUCCGGCUGGGCUCUUUCUCGAACCCGUCGAACCGCGACUCCCAGGGUGCCUGCUGUUCGACGGGCCUGCCUCCCUCCACCGAAGGGACCCCUUGCCCGGGUAGCCCGUGCCGUGUGUCCUUCCGCGUCUGCCUCAAGCACUACCAGAAGACCGUGGACACCGACUCUCCCUGCACGUACGGCGAGCUCAGCACGCCCGUUCUCGUGGAGUCCGCAUCGGACGGCGCCAUCUUCAACGCGUCCCGGCCGCCCAUACAGUUCGCCUUCGAGUUCUCAUGGCCCGGUACUUUCUCGCUCAUCAUCGAAGCCUGGCACGAGGGACCUGCGCCUGCCGGUGGUUCGUCCACGUCCGGCGUCCACCGGACCCUGGUGGCGCAGAUGUCGACGCAGAAGUGGCUCGACGUGGGCGACUCGUGGACGCCCGGCACGUUGCAGCGGGAGCGUGCCGCCCUGUCCUUCUCGUACCGGGUCCGUUGCCAGGAGUACUACUACGGCUCCGACUGCGCCAAGCUGUGCCGGCCGCGCGACGACAAAUUCGGCCACUACACGUGCAGCGCGUCCGGCGACGUCGUCUGCCUGCCCGGCUGGAAGGGGGACUACUGCAGCAAAGCGAUCUGCCUGAAGGGCUGCAAGGAGCCCCAGGGCGACUGCGACCGUCCCAACGAGUGCAAGUGCCGCAUCGGCUGGGAGGGCCCGCUGUGCGACCGCUGCGUCCGCUACCCGGGCUGCCUGCACGGCACCUGCUCGCAACCCUGGCAGUGCAACUGCGACGAGGGCUGGGGCGGCCUCUUCUGCAACCAGGACCUCAACUACUGCACCAACAACCGGCCCUGCCGACACGGGGGCACCUGCACCAACACGGGCCAGGGAUCGUACACCUGCUCGUGCCUGCCCGGCUACGCCGGCACCGACUGCGAGCUGGUCGAGGACCCCUGCCUGGCGUCGCCCUGUCAGAACGGGGGCAUCUGCCGCGCGACGGACCCCGCGACGACGUCUUCCUCGGCCCCCGGCUACACCUGCAGCUGUCCACCGGGACUCGGGGGUCGUCACUGCGAGGUUCCGCACAGCGCCUGCGACUCGAGCCCGUGCGCCAACGGGGGCAGCUGUCGCGAGGCGCCGGACACGUCGGACGGAUACCGGUGCCUGUGCCCGGACGCGUUCGCCGGAGACCGGUGCGAGGUGCAGAGGGACCCGUGCGAGCCGUCGCCCUGCGCUAACGGCGGCACGUGCGUGACCCUAUCGGACGGCAACGCCGCCGGCGGCGGCAACCAGCACCGAUUCCGCUGCGAGUGCCGGUCGGGCUUCGAGGGGCCCCUGUGCCAGACCAACAUCGACGACUGCGUGUCGAACCCGUGCCUGAACGGCGCCACGUGCCUGGACGGCGCCGACAGCUUCCGCUGCCUCUGCCGACCGGGCUUCGUGGGGCGGCUGUGCGACCACGACGUGGACGACUGCCUCACCUACCCGUGCGCCAACGGGGGCCGCUGCGUGGACCUCGUGAACGACUUCGCCUGCAACUGUCCCGCGGGUUUCUCGGGCAAGGACUGCUCGGUCAACCUGGACGAGUGCGCCUCGUCGCCGUGCCUCAACGGUGGAGUGUGCGUCGACCUGGCCGGUCGGUUCGAGUGCCGCUGCCCCAACGACUUCGGCGGGGACCGCUGCGAGCACCGGCCCCCGGCGCUCGCGCCCAGGGUCGCCGUGGUGCCACCGUCGCCCGGCAGGUCGUCGGCCAGGCGGGGCGGCGAGGACGUCGGCCGCCACGACCUCCUCACGAGGGACAGCCGGGGCCGGAGUCCGGAAGAGGCGCUCUCGGGCGUCCAGCUGGCCCUCAUCGUGACGGCCUCGGUGGCCGUCCCGCUAGUCGCCCUCGUCGCCGCGCUGGUGAUCGUGUGCCAGCGGCGGCGCUGGAAGGAGCGACGCGACGCCGAGGCCGCCCGGCGCCAGAACGAGCGCAACGCGGUGCAGCACCACGGCAUGAACAACAAGGGCGCCGGCGGCAAGGCGCCGCCGCCCAUGGUGGUCGUCAACGCGCUGGUGGAGAAGCCGCUCCAGAAGAAGGCCAAUGGGGACAACAACGUAGCGUCGACCUCCGCGCCGCCCACGGCUGGCGCGGCCAAGGUGCUGAACGUGGACGCGAGGGCACAGAGCAAGCUCUCGCUCGACACGGACGCCUCGCCAGAAGGAGUGUACGCGAGCACGAGAACUCUGAACAGGCUCUAUCAGGAGCCGGUUGGUGGCAGUGAGGGCAGUGCAACGAUCGCAGCGCAGCAUGUCCUGGAUCGCAGCUCGUUGCGUGGCUCCUCACCUAAAAGCUGUGAUUCAAGAGUGGCGGAUAGCACUGUAGUCGAAGAGGAUGACAUUGCGUCAGCCAAGCAGCAGCUGCAGCAACAGCCCCAACCAGUCACGGGUGGCAAUGAUGCGGUGUACGUGAUAGAGGACCACUAUCGGGACGAAAACCUGCUUGCGACAGAAGUGUGAGACUUCUUAAGUGCCACACAGGUGCUACCCUACUGACAUUGUGCAUUGUGUGAUUGGCCCCGCUUCCCUGCCACUGAUGACAUCGAAAAGGCGCUGCCCCAACUCCAUCACCCUUGGGCAGCUUCGGCGCAGGCCAGGGACAUGACGGCACCAUGCCCAUCGUCGCCACGUGACCAUGACGUCACGAGCCGUCGUCCCCGCGUGACUGACGCCACGCGCCGUCAUCGUCACGUGACUGUCCACGUACCGUCGCCAAUCAUCAAUUUGGGACGGCGUCUGUUCGAAAGUGCCACAAGUGCUAUCGUCAACACUGCCUGUGACAUUGCAAGUGACGUUUUGUGACAUCAGUGCGCGCACAUCCUUUCCCUGUGCAGCUAGAGGAAGAAGAAAGGGUAGCGACGGAGAGAGAGGUCGUCACGUGUGGGACUUUCAAAAGCAGAUGCGUGACGGUCUAUACCACCAACGCGACCUCACAACCAAAAUAGUCAUCCAGAGAGUCUUCUUUUUUUCUUUUUUCAUCAUUAAUAUAAAUGCUUCCCAAGUGUGGAGAGGUGCUGUCUGCAGACUGAAUGAUAGAGGACGUUUGGAUGUGUGAUGCGGAACACUUCUUGUGAUCACGUGCCUACCACAUGUGACUGUUACGGUUCACUAGAAAUACCAGCUCACCACCUCAUCGUCAGUUCCAGAAAGGGCCUUCCCAGCAUUGUCAUCACUCAUGGAUCCAAAGAGCUUGUUCUAUAUUCCCCCAUCGCCUCUGGUGCGUUUGACACACACUGCAAAGCUACAGACUUUUAUUUCAAUAUCUGUCGGGGCGCAGUUGCAGCGGGCAGGGUGUGUGUGUGUGUCCACCGUCUGCUUUGCAUGUUCCGAGAGAGUCCUAAGAAACCGUCUGGGUAUUUUCGCCAUUUUCUUGUUUCAUGCAUUUUUCUUUUUUGUCAUGUUUACGGCUUGUUGAUUAAUUUUAUUAUUCUUUCUUUUCACACCUCUAUGACUCAGCCAAGUCCUUAGAGCUUUUUAAGCACCUAUCAGGCGAAAGGAGUGUUUAUUUUGUUUUAAUUUCUCAUAAUGUUAUUUGCGCAACGUAACAUCUCUGCAGUGAGAUAAACACACAGCUCAUCCACAUUUGCAUCCUAGAUUUAAUUGCCAUUGUCACCCUUUCAUAGGGAUACAAUGCUACAUAUGUAUAAUUUGUUGCCUGUAAUUAGAUUCUUGAUAUACUCAAAAAGCUGUCGAUGCAGAUACAUGUUUAAGUGCAUUCUCUCACAGAGUGUGCCUCCUAGCCCGUCCUGAGCAUAUGCCUAUGGUUGUCUGUGCCUUUGGUCUCAAUUGUCUGGUCAUUUUCUUCUGCCCAUGUCUUUUAUCAUUUUUUGUUGCUGUUGCCUGUUAAGCAUUGCGCUUUCUUCAACGUACGUGUGAUCAUAUUCUCGCAGACCAUGCUUCAGUCCCUUAAAAGUUUUGCUCUACUGUUCUUUUUUUUUUCUAAUUUAUUAUAUUGCUCUAGAGCAGUUGCACUUAGCGGUUUCGAAGGCACGGUGUCUACGAAUAACUCUGCUUGCCCCCUGAGUAACUGUUAAAUCUGACAGUAUCGCUAAAGGCAUUGCUGCAGCCUUUUGUAGCAGUUGCAAAAGUCUACCAGCUCCCAAACUUCUCUCGCCGCCUUCUUGACGGAAGCACUCGAGUUCAUGAAGUCCCCGUGCUCUUCGACCGCUGCGACCUGUAAAAGAAAAAAAAAAUCCUCGUUAUAGUUAUUGUAUCAGCAUGUGCAUUCUGUGCCGGUGCAGCUGUUUGAUUUUUUCCCCCUCUGUGUUCCAAACACCGUUUUACAGUACCUCAUCACAGCUUGCCUCUAGCUGUUCCCCUCUUAUUCCUGUCGGUUGUCCGGUUCACGUUUUCCUGCGGUUUAUAUAUCGAUCAUGCUCAGUGACGGCGCGACAGCGGACUUGUCCAAAGGUGGUGUCCUAUGUAGCAUCCGUCCUGGCACUCCUGCCUAUUCGGAUUCUUUCAGCUCGAAGUGCCCCCCCCAUCUCAUACCAUCGCUGUUGACUUAUUUUUUUCGCUCCCUUCAGUAUCAUUGGCAUUACUGCAUCGUCAAAUCAAACCAACGAAGAAUUGUGUGCAAACGUUAAUAUAAAGAUGUGGUCGUGUUCCCCCCUCCCCCAGAGUUAACCGUCAUCGCUUUCGUAUGGUGUGUCGGAAAGGACUUUAAUCACAUCGAGCCUCGGACCGUCUUGCAGAAUAGAAGCUCGCACACAGACGCAUGUAUUCAGUCAUAUACGUUGGCUUAACUUAGGACGAUUUCAUUGUUAUCGAGGAACAUGCUGCUGUCAUGUAAUCGCGUUAAUGUGAAAUUUGGAAAAAGCAAGGCGGUUCGUAUACUGCGCAACUCCGACACUCUGUCGCCUGUUUCUUGAAACAACAACAACAAAAAAAAAGUUCAGGGCGCGGCUUUCUCUAGAUUAUAUUGUUUUCUCUCCACUUUGUGUCUUCCCUUUUAUUUAUUUUAAAAUGAGACGUUUAAGUGCCGCUCGCGGAACCUCCAAGUAGUGAGGUCUCGCACAGCCAAGGGCGACCGACCUGUACCACAAAUAGUAUUAAUAAUAACUGUUUAGUUGUUCGUGCCUACAUCGUUUCUUCGCGCAAGGUUUACUAUCGUGGCCGCAGUGACGCUUGCUUAUCGGGGUAGCCUUCGCAGCGUGCCGAGAUCCGUGAACCGAGCUUUCUUGCUGCAGUCGUUUAGUUGGCCCAGAAACAUUUUGCACCGACUGAUGCGUAGUGAGUAGCUUCGAAUAGCCCGCGUGCUUCAAUAUGCGCGCCAGUCCGUGAUAUGCGAGACUCUACUAGCCACAUAGUAUCGCUCCGGUAGCGCUUGGCGGGAAAAGGGUGUCAACUCUGCAGUUACUCCUUUCUCGGUGUAUUUCUUACACACGUCUUUCUUUUGCUUACUGCUACCUGCGUCAGGUGCUUUCUCGCGGGUUUUCCCUACCAUUGCUGGGGUUACCUCGAAAACUCGUUUCGUCGAGCUUACAGGUAUUGAUUACUUUAUCUGUAGAGGAGUAAAAUUUACUCCCUUUUUUGCACACUGUCCAUUCUGACUCCCUUGGGUGCAGAGGUGUACGGCUAGGCCUGCAGCGAAGCUAGCGUCCAGAGGGCGCGCGCAAGUAUUCCUUGCGUGGAUGAAACGAACGUGGUACGAUGAGUCAAGUCUAACGGUUUUUAUUUAAAAAAAAAAGAUGGCCGUUACGUUAUUACCAGGGAGCCAUAGUCGACCGUGUAUGUGUGUGUCUGUCUAUUCGUCGCAGACGAUCGAUUCUCGCACGGGUGUGAGAAUCUUUUCUUUCGUUCGAGAUGUUAUGCAUGUGUCUGUGGAAUCGCAUUCACGUCUUUCUCUCUCUUUUUUUUAUUGUCGUUCGUGCGUAGUCGCGACGUCAUUUCCUGUGUAAGCUCUGUUUACGGCCCCUCCCCUUGCCCCCUGUGCUCUGUCACGCGGUUGUCUCUGUACAGCGUGCCCAACAUAAUUUAUGAAUAUCUGUAAUAUUUCAUUUUUAAGAAUAUGCGAAGAGUCCUGUACAUAUGUAUAUUUAUGAAGUACCUUAGGAGUUACAAGAUGCAAAUGAAAAUCCCCAAUCUCCCCCUUCCCCCUCGAACGCCUGCCAUUACCUGGCUGUACAUAAGUCUUCGACAAAGAACGAAGCGAUGAAAAGAUAGCGUGAAAAGAGAAAAACAACGCAUUCAAUAAAUGCAGAGUCGUUAUUUUUGCACUGGAAA